AUGGAGCUAAUAGAAAAGUUUUUCCCACAAGCUAUGCGAGACCACAAGGAGACGGAAUUCUUAAGACUGGUACAGAGAGAUAUGGAACUUUUUGAGUAUGAGAGCAAAUUCGAUGAAUUGUCCCGAUAUGCCCCACAUCUUGUAAGUACCGAGUUCAUGAAGGCAAAACGUUACGAGAGGGGCCUGCACCCAGAGAUCAGGAAGUGGCAGGACAAGAAUAAGAAUACGGGACAGUUUAAGAAGCAGAUGUAUGUGGGUCAAUCAAGCAACCCUGUAUCCCAAUAUCCUAAAUGCAACAAGUUUCACAAAGGAGAAUGUCUGUAUGGAAAGUAUGUCUGCUAUAAGUGUGGUCAACCCGACCAUGUGGCUUCUUCAGGCCCAUCAAUUAAGAAACCCAAACGAGAGAAAAAGGGAAAAGCAAGGGUGUUUGCUUUGACUCACGACGAGGCUGCCAAAAAUCUAGACGUGAUUUCAGGUAUUUUAUCUGUCUCUAAUAUUCCUGUAUAUGUCCUGAUUGAUUUCGGUACGAUACAUUCAUUCAUAUCUAAUGCAUGUCUAGCUAAGAUUAAUGCUUCAUGUCAAAAGAAUGAUAGUGUAUUAGAGGUGAGUAUGCCAUCAGAUGGAACUAUUAAUACGGAUAGGGUAGCAAAAGGGGAGAAUAAGAGUUCAGAUUUUAUGGAUCGAGCAUUAAGUACCCCGCCCGAUAGACAAGUGGAGUUCAUGAUAGAUCUGAUACCUAGAGCUAUCCCUGUGUCCAAAGCUCCAUACCGAAUGGUACCAAAGGAAUUACAAGAGUUGAAGAUGCAGCUUGAAGAACUUCUAGACAAAGGGAUUAAGGAUCUAUUUGAUCAGUUGAAGGAUGCAUCCGUGUUCUCAAAAAUUGAUCUAAGGUCAGGCUAUCAUCAAUUGAAGAUCAAGUUGACUGACAUACCAAAGACGGCAUUUAGGACCCGAUAUGGGCAUUAUGAGUUUACAAAGGGUACUAAGUUCGUAUGGUCAGAGAAAUACGAGCAGAGUUUCCAAGAGUUAAAGGACAAACUCGUAUCUGUACCAGUAUUGACUAUUCCAGACGGUUCAGAAGGUUUUUUGAUUUAUAUUGAUGCAUCCAAGCUUGGUUUAGGAUGUUUUUUGAUGCAACAUGGGAAGGUCUUUGCUUAG